GCCUCCCCCAUGGCCAACUACGAGUAUGACGAGUCCUCCGAGUUGUCCCCGUCCACGACCUCCUCUGAGUCAUCUGAGGUGUCCGAGGGCUCCAGUGGCGACCUCGCUGACCUGGCUGACGAGGACGAGGUAGAUAAUCUCCAGAGAGAAGCAGAGGAGCUCAGACAGAAACGGAAGAAGCUUGAGUUCGAGGUUAAUGAGAAAUGGAUAGGCCACUACGGCAGCAUAUUCGAGAGCCUGCUCAAAUGCAAGUUCGACGACAUCAAGUUCCCAGUGCACCCAGCCUCCGACGGCGGUUCCAACAAGAAGCUCAGGGUGUUGUCGUUCUGUUCUGGCACUGAGUCUCAGGAAAGUGCUCGCGAUGCGUUGCUACUCGCCCAGUUCUUCGCGCUGAAGACGAUCAUGGACUACCGUGGGGACAAUGUCUGCGUGGAUUUGGUUGCCUCCGUGGACCCUUUCAGGCCAUGUCAUCGCUUCGUUUGGAACAACCUGUCCACUGACGAGCGGGAGCGCGGCCACUAUUACAAUUACGUCUCGGAGUUAAGUGCUGGCGAGGCUUUCUGUUACUUCUGCGACUGUUGCUGCGUUGGGCCUGGUAGGGCGUCUGGGUGCGAAGGGCUGAGCGAUGGGCAAGCAGAGGACCUCGACAUCCUCGUGGCAGGGUUCCCGUGCCCCCCGUUCAGCACGCUGAAUUCGCAUCGCCAAGACAAAGACUUUAAGUUCUGGAACCACCCCGACGGGAACGUUAUCGUUGACAUUGCCCACUGGGUGCAGACUCAGCCGAAGGUUCCCCCCAAAGCGAUCAUUCUGGAGAACGUCCCAGGCGCGGUGGCUGUAUCUCAUAAAGGAAGGCAUAAUCCGCUGGAGUUCCUCAUGAAGGGGUCCGUGAAAAACUACAAGGGCCUCGCUCGCUUCUACUACGGGCUGAAGCACUGGGGCGAGUACGACCUCAUGAAGAGUAACUCUGGCAACGAGUACUUCGAGAUUUCCGCCGGUGAGUUUGGAUUGCCUGUUCAUCGCAAGCGCAUUUUCUUUGUGCUCAUCAGAAAGGACUUGGCUAGCCUAGAAGUCAGGAGCUCCAUGGCGAAGCUCAUGAAGGUGAACAAGCACUACAAGAGCAAGAAGGAAGGCGGCACAUGGAGCAUGACCCAGAACAGCAUUUCCGAGAGCAUGGAUUUCAGGGAGAAGCACGGCCUACCUGAGUAUGGUUCUGAUAAGAUGUCCAGCAUCACGCCCCGGCGCGGCAUCCUCCCUGACAGGGAGCGCGACAUCAUCGACGUCAUCGGCUUGAUGCACGAGAAGGCGGGGGGGAUCCCAGAGGACCUGACGAUCGACGUCAGCCAGUCGCUCAGGAGGAAGCCGUUCAACGUCAAUGGGAAAAUCCCCCAGCUGGCCAAAGGGUCCAAGAUCUGGUACCGCGGCAAGAUCUUGGGGCCCAGGACGCUGUUCUACGCCAUGGGCUGGGGCACUUCGCCGCUCGACUUUGGGUCGGACGUGGACCGCAUCCGGGGAGUGUCUUUGAGGGUGCUCCUAGCCAACAUGAUCGCGAAGCCGCAGAUCGGCCUCGUGCAGUUGGCGCUGCUCUACUCCCUGCGCCGCUUCACCCUGGCUCCCAAGGCUGAGCAGGUUGAGGCCUGA